AUGCCCAAUCGCCUCAUUAAACUUCGACCUCCUUCCAAGCCCAAGCCCAAGGAGUCAGACCUCCCCUUCCAGCAGGACAAAGACACUGUAGAAGCCUUGAAGAAGCUGUUGCUGAUCAUGUUUAUCAAAGACGUGUUUAUAACUGUCCUUUCCCCGGACACGCCGCCGCAAGCCUCGUCCUCACCCAAGUCCUCACCCAAGUCCUUACCGAAGUCGAAUACCUCCAAGCUCGCAGGGCUACUGCAUGGUCGCAGGCCCUCCCGCUCAGCUCUCUCCUCGGCCUCACAAGCUGCCGUGAAUUCCCUCUCGAGUAACAUGGCUAAGGGUGCCAAUGGCAAGCCCUUGCCCUCCACCCCAGCCUCACCACCACCAGUGCCGAGCCGCAUGUCCUCCACCAUCAGGCGGGUCCAAAGUUUCGAAGACCAGGAUCGUUCCUCCGAGGAUUCGGGCUCCGAUUCCACACCAUCUCUCGACGCGUCACACACCUCGGCCUUCUCAAGUUCCAUCAACAGCAACGCCAGCGGCACCUCGACCAUGUCAAAACAACCGUCACAACAACCGCCCCGAAACCCAGCCGAGAAUCACACCGCCAGCACCAGACUAAAACAGAGCCACUCGGUGGCCGUACUCGACCCGCCAGCACCGACCCUAGCAGUUCCAGGCCUCCCGAGCCAGCGGCAAAGUGUAGAGAUGAGCAGAUCGAGUUUCGAAAUCCCGCAGAGGGAUAGCAGUCUAACGGCCGUCACCUCGAACACAGACGCCGAAUCACCACCGCCGCCGCCCCCUCCCGGAGGCGGACCCCACGAAAUCCCGCUCGCAGCCACCACCGAUACGCACCUCCCGUCGUCCAACGGGUGGGACUCGACGAUUGGCAAGGCCGGCCUCGGGAAGACGGGGCGGGUGAUCAACAAGCUAGUGUCGGACAACGAGGCGCUCAAGCGGGACAUACAGAUCGAGAGGCUGCGGGCGGAGGAGUCGAAGCAGGCGGCGCGGCUGCUGGAGGACAAGAUGGACCGGCUGGUCUCCGAGUACGAGAGCCGGCUGCUCGAGGCCAACGUGACCAAGGCGCUGCUCGCGCGCAAGGAGCGGCAGGUGGAGACGCUGCAGGCGAUGGUGGAGCUGGAGCGGAGGCGGGCGGCGGACGCCGGGGACCGCGAGCGCGUGUGGAAAGACGAGAUGGAGAAGGUGCGGGCUGAGGCGAAGCAGCAAGUCGAGGAGGCGACGGGCCACGCGGGCAUGAUGGAGGGCCGGUACAACGCCAUCAGCAGCCACUGGCGAGACCAGGGUGACGAGGUCAGGAAGGCCGUGGCUAGGAUGAGGGGCGAGAUCGGGGAGCUGCUCGAGGAGAGGAAGAAGGACGACGACCGGAUAGGGACCCUGAGGGAACUGUGCGACCAGCAGGACGGGAACAUCAGGGAUCUGCGGCGGCAGAAGGAGGAGAUCGCGGCACAGUUCGAGAAGUACAAGGCCGAGCAGGACGAGGCCUUGAGGGAUAUCAAGUCGAAGGCCGCGCAGAGGGAGGAGGAGCAGGAGCGGACGCUCGGGGAAUCCAGGGAGGUGCUGAACAAGCUGCGGUGGGCGCUGAGCGUGAAGGACAACGUCGAAUGGGCGCAAUGA